GGGAAAAAAUAAUGCCAGACAGUCGGAUUCUCCCAUAAACCAUCUCGCAAGCAUUUCUGGGAGUUGUAUUUCUAUCGGCCUGAGGUAGCCAUCCUAUCAAACGUCCAAAGCCCUGUUCCCGUUUUCCUCAUUGGCUCCUACGUAGAACUACAGUCCCCAGCAUCCUCUGUUGUGACGCCUCCAUCACUGAACCCGAUGUCUCUAUGGUGAAAGGAAGCCCAAAGUUUAAUUUGAACUCGGUGCUGAUUGGUUCAGGGGCUGUGUCCUGUCAGCGGCGCUGGAGUUUAACCAAAGCUGUACGGAGCGUUUUCAGUUAUCGACCUUGUCAACGUUGUUCUUUUUCAUCGAGAGGUACUUUUAACCUUUCGCUGUAUAAUUGGGCCACAUGAAGGCCUCCUGCGAGUCAAACGUCGAGGACGAUUUGGAGGCGUAUCUGAAAGGUUUAAGAGAAAGGGCUAAUGAAAGCAUCCAGAAAUUGAAGUGUACUCUAGAAGAAAAAAAUCAGACAGAAUCGUCAGAACUACCUCCAGAAGCUGACAGCAUCCAGACAAAUUCAAUAAGUCCCCCAAGGACAAGACAAUGUCACAGUCAAGUGGCAUGGCAAGAGCUAAAGCACAGUCAUGCAGUUAAUGAACUCCGAGCCCUCUUGCGACAUCAAGAAAUGGAAGAAAGACCAAGUUCAGCAGCUACGACCAGCACACAUCCCAUGAGAACAAGAAAUGAUUUGGAUUGUUCCCCAUCUAUUGAUGAUCUUGUACCUAUUAUCAAUGACCAGUCAGAAUAUAUCCAACAUUUGGAGGCAGAAGUCAAGCUUUUCAAGGAGGAACUCUUGAAUGUGAAAGAACAGGUGCAGAUUGUUGUGAUUGAGAAUGAAAAACUUCACAAGCAACUAAGAUCAAGAAAUGUUCAGGCCACUAUGACUGAACCAUCUGUCUGUCCUUUAUCACCAAAUUCACAAGUAACUUGUUCGGUGGACCAAAAGGCCGUCGAAAGACUGAAAGUGCUGGAACCAGUCUCACUCGCCAAAGACCAAAAUCAGUCAUCUUGUAUUCCAACACAACCAGACAGCAAAACUGUUACAGAAGAAAUAAAAAAGUUACAGCUAGAAGUGGAAAACCUAAAUGUUCUAUACCAAGGAAAGACUGAAACGCUGGAGACUCGGGUUUCAUUACUAAGAAAAGAUCUGUCUGAAUCUCAAAAGGAAUGUCACCAGCUGGAAGAACGAUUAAAGGUUCAAGAAUCUUUGCUUACAAUAGACAGUUCAGAACGUGUUGCCGGUCUGUGUGUGAAAUGUGCCCAGCAUGAGGCUGUUCUGGCCCGGACCCAUAGUGAUGUAGAGAUGAAGGCGGUUGAAAGAUUAAGGAAAGAGCGAGAUGACUUGAUGAAUAUGGUGGCAACUUUGCGAAGCAAUAUAAAUGAAAUGCAGGCCAGGGAAGACUCUGUAUGUCGGCAAGUGAAACAAGCUACGGAAGUAGCAGAAGAAGCCAAUUUGGAAAAAAUACAGGCUCUGGUCCAUUGUGAGCAGCUGAAGAAUGAAAUGUUGCGUCAGAAAGAACGGCUAGAAAGGGAGUUAGCUUCUCAGCAAGAAAAGAUUGCAAUUGCCAAGAAAGCUGUGCAUGAAGAAAUGAGGAAAGAACGAGAGGCAUUGGCAUCAAAGGUGACCUGUUUGUCAGAAAAUGUUGCUUGUCUUGAAGGUCAGUUGCAGAGGCUGGUGAGAGAAAGGGAUUCAGCGUGUAAUCAAUUGGAAGAAGCUCAGAACAAGCUAAUAAAUCAUGAGAUGGAGAUCAAUAAGGAAUCUGGUGAACUGCGCUACCAGCUGAAUGAAGUGAAAAUCAAGAAAGAAGAGGCUGAAAAGGAGUUCAAGGAAUACAAAACAAAAAUGUUACGAGAAUUUGAACUCCGAGAACAGGAGCUACAGAAACUUGAUUUGAAACUAAAUGAAACUAAGUGCCAUUUGGAGCAUGUCCAGCAGGAUGCAGCAAGAUCGAAGGAUGAAUGUCUAAAACUGAUGGAACUACUGAGCAAAUCUGAGCACCAACUGCACCUCACCAGGAUGGAAAAGGACAGUUUACUCCGCAGUCACAGUGAUGAUGUCAAGGCCCUGGUCUUUCAAUCCCAACAACGUGAGCAAGAGCUAACAGAAAAGAUACAGCAAAUGGAGGCCCAGCAUGAUAAAACUGUUAAUGAACUGGAGGUAUUACUUAGUUCCCAGAAUACACUCAUAAACAAAUUGAAAGCAGAGUGUCAGAUAUUAAACCAAAAACUGGAGAAGAUUACAGAAAAAAACAGAUCAGAGGUUGGCCAGCUUUGCCAGGACAAAGAGUAUUUACAGGAAAGAUUGGAGAAACUGCAGGCAAGAAAUGAUGAAAUGGAAAACCAGUGCAUCCAACAUGGAACAAUGCAUGAAAGAAUGAAACAAAGACUGCAACAGUUGGAUCAGCACAGUCAGGCCAGUGCACAGCAGGUGAUGGAACUACUGCAAAGGCAGAAUGAGCUGUUAAAGGAGAGACAAGCCCUGUUGGAAAAGGUGCAGUGCCUGAAAUCAUCAGGAAAUGUCACAGGCAAACCUCCUGUUACAUCUAAGACCAGAGGACCAACAAAUGAUCAACUGGAUGUCAGUCUGCAAAGUUUUAAAAAAUUACAUUUUAACUGAUUAGUUUUGUACGUAUUUUUGAUAUUAUAUGAAUAAAUACAGGUAUACUGUGAAUUAUUAUUACUGGUCAAAACUGAUCAUUUUGUACAGGUGUACCACCACCAUGGUAAGGGGUAAAGACCAAUAGGUUACAACCUUACUUAUUACAUUGAUUUUCAUGUAUAAACAAAUGUCUGAUUACUUGACUUCAGUUUCAGAUCAAUAAAUAUGUUCUCAAUCUUGGUCAGACUCAACUAGUGGUUCUUCAAAUUAUAAAAGUUUUUACUUGACUAUUAUAAUGUGAGACAGAAACUUCAAUCUGAAGGGAGUAGAUUUUGCUGAGUGCAUAACAGCAAAAAUGAGUAAAAACACUCAUCACAAAACUGGCAGCAGAACCCUUUUAAAUAGAUUUACCCAUUGUGUAACAAUUAGAUGACAGCCUUCUUCAGUAUUUGAUUUGGUACUGAAAAGAUGUUUGUAUAAAACAAUACCUGUAUACAUUGUUUGCAACAGUCGUAAUUGAAACUCUGCUGAAUGAAAUUUGUGAUAUUAUUGAUUCAAAAUACAUGUAUUUUCCUAAAGCUUUAGAAAUAUGUGAAUAUGAAGCCCUAUUCUUUUGUAUAACCCGAUGUAAAACAUUGUACUCUGAUCAGGAAUAUUUUAGCCCUUUGUAUUUUGCCUUUCCAGAUGGAAUGUGUGUUUUUGAAGAGCACAUGAUCAAGAGUCAUUUUUUAAAAGAAAGUUUGUCAAUCCAGUUUCUUCCUUUUACAUGCAGGCAUUCUCCAAAUUAUCUCAAUUCAGCUGGGUAAGUAUGGAAGCUUUCAUUCUGUAAAAAUAAUGAAAUUAUUUUCAUGAUCUUGUUGCAUGAAAAUUUUACAGAUGCAUUUAUCACCUUGUUUUUCCUUAUACAAUCAUAAUUUUAACUCCGAUUUUAAUUUUUCAAAAUUGUUUAGAAAGAGGAAUUAUGCCAAAUGGAGUGACAAAUUUGAUACCUGACUUCAGAGAACUAGACCAGAUUAAGCUAUAAUAUUAUAGGUUACAUUUUCUGUGGUAUAUUACUUGAGCAAUAUAGAAUUAAACUAUAAAAGCAAUUGGAGAAACACAGAGUAUUCAGAAUCUGAAAGGGAUGCUCAACAAACCCUCCAAAACAUAGCAGGUGAAGAAAAUGUAGUGAGUAUGGCUUAUAAAUAUUCAAAAGCAUUCAACAAGGUGGUGAAUGGAAUUAAGGGGCAUGUAGUUACAUGGAUGGGUUGAUGUUUAAAAGUCAGAAAAAAAAUUGUAGGGCUAAAAGGAAGCUUCUUGGGCUUCCUUUUACCUAAAGAAUAGGUAAGUGAAUGGCCAUGUAUCUUAACAGAGGCCCUAGAGGUGUAUAGAAAGUGCAGGGGCUACGAAAGAAAGCAAUUCAGAGAGCAUGACAAAAUGCUGGCCAGCAAGAUUAGGUUGACAUUCUACAAGUAUAUCAAGGAGUAAGUAUUUGGAGGGAAAGAGUAGGGUCCAAUAAGGACUAAGGAGGAAAUCUAGUGCAUGGAACCAAAGGAGUGUUAAAUGAGUACUUCACAUCUGUUUUUACUUGGGGGCAGGAUGCAAGUACAGAAUUUGAGAUGGUGGUCUGGAGGUUCUUGAGCAGAUUGAUAUAAGAAGCAAGUGGAUCUUGGAAAUAUUGGCAGGUUUAAAAGUGGACAAAUGUCCAGCUGAUUUGCAGACAAGGCUGCUGUGGGAGAUGAGGGAGGAAAUAACAGGGACCCUGACCAAAAGUCCUAAAUUGUCUCAGAAGAGGUGGCAGAGGAUUGCCAGGGAACUAAUAUGGCUCCGCUUUACAAGAAAGGUGGUAGAGAUAGACCAGGAAACUACAAACAAGUGAGUCCCACAUCAGUGGUAGAGAACUAUCGGAGAAAAUACUGAAGCAAAAAAUUAAUCUCCAUUCAGAGACAAGAUUUGAUCAGAGACAAGAUUUGAUCAGAGAUAGUCAGCAUGUCUUUGUCUGAUCAGGGUCCUGCCUAACAAAUCUGGUUAUAAUUUGAGGUGGUGAUAAAAGGCUGUUUGUGGGUAGAACCCCAUGUACAGUGGCAUACCACAGGGGUCAGUGCUGCGAACCUUAUUGUCUGCUAUUCAUAAAUUAUGUGGAUGAGAAUGUGUGGCUGGAGAAUGAUAUGUUUUUGCAUGAUAAAGACUGGGUUGGUGACAGUGAAGAGGAAGGUUUUGGUUACACGACAAUAAAAACAGAUGGGCAGAUUAUUGGCAGAUGGAAUUUAAUUCUGAAAAAUGUGAGGUGAAUGGUGGGAUACUAGGAUACUCAGAAAAAUAGAGGGAUCAUUAGGUGAUUAUCCACAGAUCCUUGAAGGUGAGAGGACUGAUUAAUAAGAUAGUUAAGAAGGCAUA